AUGUGGAUCUUCUCCUUCAUGCAGUUCCACAUCUACAGUUACACCGACAACCAACCCCAGGACUUCACCUGGAUCAGGACCAAUACCUUGCUCAACGCCACCACCUUCCACCGUGACAACUCUUACUCCUCCAUCAAGUACAAAGGUCGUCACAAGCGCAGAAACAUGUGCACCUGGAGUUACACCAUGCGGCUCCAUUACACCUGCACCAGAGAUGUUACGCCAUUAAUCAAAGACUUGACACCUGCCUGUUCUACACCUUCAAUCUCAACAACUGCAAAUCCAGUUCCAACCACGAAAGUCAUCACUGAAACAACACCGCCAAGUGUGUCUGAAUCCACAGUUCCCCCAUGUGGAUCUACAGGUCCAUGUGGUCCAACACCUCCACCAUCCAGCCCCACAACACCAUUCACUAAGACAACACUGACUCCACCUCCAAUCACUAAAGAAAUCCCUCCUGUUGUGACAACUUGUGCACCUGGAUCAACAACACCUGGAAGUGGUUCUACAGCUCCAUGCAGCCCAACAACACAACCCGGAUCAGACUCCACACCUUAUUCUGGCAGCACAACACCUGCCACCAAGCCACCACUUACGACUCCAAUUCCUAAAGUAAUUUCCACUGCAGGAAUUACGUCUCCAUGUGGCUCUGCAAUUUCAUGCAGUCCCACAUCAUCAGUUGUACCAACCACCACGUUGUACUCAACAACAAGUAUUCCCAUUUGCAGCACUCCAGUAUCUCCUCCAGUAUCAGACACACCUUACUCCACAAAUCCACCUCCCACAAAAUCAACUCUGACUCCGCCACCAGACAGUAAAUUGACUACCGGUAUUACGAGCUCUUUACCAACAACAACUCCUCCAAGUGGGUCGACGGAGCCUUGCAGUCCAAUAUCAACACCUGUACCUGGUUCUACUCCAGGCAGUACGGAAACACCUUUCACGAAAACCACACUUACCCCACCCCCAACGACAAAAGUCAUCCCUUCCAGUGAAAUAACAUGUUCGCCAGGGUCAACAGCCCCUUCAUCUGGAUCUACAGCACCAUGUAGUCCAACAACAUCUGGACCUGGAAAAACAACACCUCCACCAACCACGAAAGCUGUAACUAGCGUAAAAGAGACAACACCUCCGCCAUGUGGAUCUACAGGCCCUUGCAGUUCCAUAUCAACACCUGGACAAGACACAACGCCUUGCGGUGGUGACACAUCAUUUACCAAGACCACACUAACGCCACCACCUACCACCAAGUCCAUAAUAUCAGAAACACCAGCUCCAUGCGGAUCAACCGUUCCUUGCAGUUCUGCAUCUGGACCUACGCCAUCACCAACCACAAAACAAAUUCCAGUGACCGAAAUUGUGACGUGUAGCAUUCCAGAGACAACACCUGGGUCAGUUACAACACCAUUCACCAAGACAACUCUGACGCCACCACCAACAACGAAAAAUAUUCCUAUUACAAAAACGUGUGCACCUCAAUCAACACCACCAUCAUCUGGAUCUACAGUUCCAUGUAGUCCAACAACAAGCGUUGUCCCAGACACAACUCCUUGCGUUGUUACAACCGUAACACCACCACCAAGCAGUAAGAACCCUCCACCUGCAGAAACACCUCCUCCAUGUGGUGGAUCUACUACUUGUCAACCAGGAGCUCCCUGCAGCAGUUCUACAGCUCCAACACCUCCACCUACAACCAAAAUUGUUCCCAUAGAGACAACAGUUCCACCAUGUGGAUCGAGCAGUCCAUGCAGUCCUCCAGUUUCUGAACAGACCCCUGCACCAACAACGAAAGUAAUCCCAGUUCCCGAUGGUGUGACCUGCAGCCCCGGGACUUCACCUGGAUCAGGACCAAUUCCUUCCUCAACGCCACCACCUUCCACCGUGACAACUCUUACUCCUCCACCAAGCACAAAGGUCGCCACAAGCGCAGAAACAUGUGCACCUGGAGUGACGCCAUGUGGCUCUGUUACACCUGCACCAGAGGUUCCAUGCAGUUCUAUAACGCCCGUUACCAAGACAACCCUGACAACUGCUCCAGUGUCUAAAAUUAGCACGGUUAGUGAAUCACCAGCACCAGGUGGCUCUACAAGCCCAUGCAGUUCACUUACUCCACCACCCACUACAAAGAUAUCUCCCCCUUCAACAGUUGUGCCUUGCAGCAAUCCAGAUGUUACGCCUGAGACAUCUGCCUGUUCUCCUCCUUCAAUCUCAACAACUGCAACCCCAAUUCUAACCACAAAGAUCAUUACUGAAACAGCACCGCCAAGUGUGUCUGAAUCCACAGUCCCUCCAUGUGGAUCUACAGGUCCAUGUGGUUCAACACCUCCACCAUCCAGCCCCACAACCCCAUUCACAAAGACAACGCUGACUCCACCUCCAGUCACUAAAGAAAUCCCUCCUGUUGUGACAACUUGUGCAGCUGGAUCAACAACACCUGGAAGUGGCCCCACAGCCCCAUGCAGCCCAACAACACAACCCGGACCAGACUCCACACCUUAUUCUGGCACAACACCUGCCACGAAACCAACCACUAAAGUAAUCUCUACCACCGUUGAACCACCUCCAUGCAGUUCUUCUCCUUCAUGCAGUUCCACGUCUUCAGUCACUCCAACAACGAAGUUAGUCUCCACCACUGGUAUUCCAAUUUGCAGUAGUCCGGUGACACCACCAGUAUCAGAUGCAACAACUGCAUGCUCAACACCACCACCUUCCCCAACGUCAAAUCUGACUCCACCACCAACAACGAAAGUCAUACCUACCACCGGUAUAACAAGCGCACCACCACCAACAUCUCCACCAUGUGGACCCUCAGGACCUUGCAGUCCAACAUCUGCUCCUGUAUCUGACACAACUCCCUCAAGCAAAUCCACACCUAAACCAUCACCAAGUUGUAAUAUUAUUAACUCGAAUAACGUAGUAAGUGAAUCAAGCACGUCCAUUGUUUCUAGUCAGUCUAUAAGUUCAUCCAGUCAGCAAGUAAUUUGUGGACCAGACUCAGGUGUCUGUGACACCACUGUUCCUGUUGCUCAGACAACUCUUGCUCCACCACCAACUACUAAAUCAGUCUUAACUGGAGAACCACCGAUUGGAAAACAAACAACACUUCCUCCCUGUGGAGCCACCAGUCCAUGUAGUCAAGUAACUCCACCAGGUUCAGACGCGACUCUGUCACCUCCACCGACCACAAAAUCAGUGACAAGUCCGUCAGGAUCAGUUGCACCUUAUGGAUCGACAGUUCCGUGCAGCUCAUCAACUGGACCAGUGCCUGACACAACUUUGACUCCACCACCAACAAAGGGAGUCAUUGUUUCAGAAAUUAAAAGUGUACCACUAUCAACAGCUCCUCCAUGUGGAUCAUCACAGCCAUAUACAGGUGCUUCCACUGUGUCUAACACACCACCGUGCAACCCAGAAACACCUUUCACAAAGACAACAUUGACGCCACCCCCAACCACAAAAGUCAUCCCUGUUACUGAUUUAACAAACGCGCCAGGAUCAACAGUCCUUCCGUGUGGAUCUGCAACAUCAUUUGGGCCAACGAUAUCCGCAUCUGCAACUAUCCCUUGUUCCACGAUAGCACCAUCACCAACAAGCAAAGCUGUGUCAGGCGUACAAGAGACAACACCUCCACCAUGUGGAUCUACAGGCCCUUGCAGUUCCAUAUCCACAGCUGCGCAAGAAACAACUCCAUGUAGUGGUGACACAUCAUUCACCAAGACCACACUAACGGCACCGCCUACCACUAAAUCCAUAAUAGCAGAAACACCAGCUCCAUGUGGACCAACCGUUCCAUGCAGUUCCGUAUCUGGACCUACACCAUCACCCACCACAAAACAAAUUCCAGUCACUGAUAUCGUGACGUGUAUCAAUCCAGAGACAACACCUGGAUCAGUCACAACACCUUUCACCAAGACAACUCUGACACCACCACCAACAACGAAAAAUGUACCUAUCACAGAAACAUGUGCACCUCAACCAACACCACCAUCUUCUGGAUCUACAGUUCCAUGUAGUCCAACAACAAGCGUUGUCCCAGAUACAACUCCUUCUGUUGUUACAACCGUGACUCCACCACCAAGCAGUAAGAACCCUCCACCUCCAGAAACACCUCCUCCAUGUGGGGGUUCUUCUACAAGUCAACCAGGAGCUCCCUGCAGCAGUUCUACAGCUCCAACACCUCCACCUACAACCAAAAUCAUUCCCAUAGAGACAACAGUUCCACCAUGUGGUUCGAGCAGUCCAUGCAGUCCUCCAGUCUCUGAACAGACCCCUGCACCAACAACGAAAGUAAUUCCAGUUCCUGAUGGUGUUACCUGCAGCCCAGGGACUUCACCUGGAUCAGGACCAAUACCUUGCUCAACUCCACUACCUUCAACGUCUGUAACUCCUCCAUCAAGCACAAAGGUCGUCUCACCUCCAGAACCAUGCGCACCUGGAGUAACACCAAGCGGCUCUGUUACAUCUGCAUCAGAGUCUCCCUGCAGUUCCACAACGCCCGUUACCAAGACGACCCUGACAACUGCUCCAGUGUCUAAAAUAAGCACGGUCAGUGAAUCACCAGCACCAUCUGGCUCUACAAGCCCAUGCAGUCCACUUACUGCACCACCUACUACAAAGAAAUCUCCACCUUCAACAGUUGUGCCUUGCAAUAAUCCAGAUGUUACUCCACUAAUCAAAGAUUUGACACCUGCCUGUUCCACACCUUCAAUCUCAACAACUGCAAAUCCAGUUCCAACCACGAAGGUCAUCACUGAAACAACACCGCCAAGUGUGUCUGACUCCACAGUUCCCCCAUGUGGAUCUACAGGUCCAUGUGGUCCAACACCUCCACCAUCCAGCCCCACAACACCAUUCACUAAGACAACGCUGACACCACCUCCAGUCACUAAAGAAAUCCCUCCUGUUGUGACAACUUGUGCACCUGGAUCAACAACACCUGGAAGUGGCCCCACAGCUCCAUGCAGCCCGACAACACAACCCGGAUCAGACUCCACACCUUGUUCUAGCACAACACCUGCCACGACACCAACCACUAAAGUAAUCCCAACCACCGUUGAACCUCCUCCAUGCAAUUCUUCUCCUUCAUGCAGUUCCACAUCUUCAGUUACACCAACAACCCAGUUGGUCUCAACCACUGGUAUUCCAAUUUGCAGCACUCCAGCUUCGCCUCCUGUAUCAGAUACAACUGUAAGCACAGCACCACCCCCUCCGGCGAAGUCAACUCUGACUCCACCACCAGACAGUAUAGCUACCACUGGUGUUACAAGCUCCUUACCAACAACACCUCCACCGUGUGGGCCUUCAGGGCCUUGCAGUCCAACACCAACGCCUGUGCCAGGCACAACUCCAUGCAAUACGGAAACCCCCUUCACAACAACCAAAGUCACCCCACCCCCAUCCACAAAAGUCAUCCCUCCUACUGAAAUAACAAGUGCGCCAGGAUCACCAGUUCCUUCACCUGGAUCUACGGUACCAUGUAGUCCAUCAACAUCUGGACCUGGCACAACAGCACCACCAACAACCAAAGCUGUAACAAGCAUACAAGAGACAACGCCUCCUCCAUGUGGAUCUACAGGCCCUUGCAGUUCCAUAUCAACACCUGCACAAGAAACAACCCCAUGCGGUGGUGACACAUCAUUCACCAAGACCACACUAACGCCACCACCUUCCACUAAGUCCAUAGUAUCAGAAACACCAGCUCCAUGCGGAUCAACUAUUCCUUGCAGUUCUGCAUCUGGACCUACACCAUCACCAACCACAAAACAAAUUCCAGUGACCGAAAUUGUAACGUGUAGCAUUCCAGAGACAACACCUGGGUCAGUCACAACACCAUUCACCAAGACAACUUUGACACCACCACCAACAACGAAAAACGUUCCUAUCACAGAAACGUGUGGACCUCAAUCAACACCACCAUCAUCUGGAUCUACAGUUCCAUGUAGUCCAACAACAAACGUUGUCCCAGACACAACUCCUUGCAUUGUUACAACCGUGACACCACCACCAAGCAGUAAGAACCCUCCACCUCCGGCAACACCUCCUCCAUGUGGUGGAUCUACUACUUGUCAACCAGGAGCUCCCUGCAGCAGUUCUACAGCUCCAACACCUCCACCUACAACCAAAAUCAUUCCCAUAGAGACAACCGUUCCACCAUGUGGUUCGAGCAGUCCGUGCAGUCCUCCAGUUUCUGAACAGACCCCUGCACCAACAACGAAAGUAAUCCCAGUUCCCGAUGUGGUGACCUGCAGCUCAGGGACUUCACCUGGAUCAGGACCAAUACCUUGCUCAACGCCACCACCUUCCACCGUGACAACUCUUACUCCUCCACCAAGCACAAAGGUCGCCACAAGCGCAGAAACAUGUGCACCUGGAGUGACGCCAUGUGGCUCUGUUACACCUGCACCAGAGGUUCCAUGCAGUUCUAUAACGCCCGUUACCAAGACAACCCUGACAACUGCUCCAGUGUCUAAAAUUAGCACGGUCAGUGAAUCACCAGCACCAGGUGGCUCUACAAGCCCAUGCAGUCCACUUACUCCACCACCCACUACAAAGAUAUCUCCAUCUUCAACAGUUGUUCCUUGCAGCAAUCCAGAUGUUACUCCACUAAUCAAAGACUUGACACCUGCCUGUUCCACACCUUCAAUCUCAACAACUGCAAAUCCAGUUCCAACCACGAAGGUCAUCACUGAAACAACACCGCCAAGUGUGUCUGAAUCCACAGUUCCCCCAUGUGGAUCUACAGGUCCAUGUGGUCCAACACCUCCACCUUCCAGCCCCACAACACCAUUCACUAAGACAACGCUGACUCCACCUCCAGUCACUAAAGAAAUCCCUCCUGUUGUGACAACUUGUGCACCUGGAUCAACAUCACCUGGAAGUGGUCCUACAGCUCCAUGCAGCCCAACAACACAACCCGGACCAGACUCCACACCUUGUUCUGGCAGCACAACACCUGCCACGACACCAACCACUAAAGUAAUCUCUACCACCGUUCAAUCACCUCCAUGCGAUUCUUCUCCUUCAUGCAGUUCCACAUCUUCAGUAACACCAACAACCAAGUUGGUCUCAUCCACUGGUAUUCCAAUUUGCAGCAGUCCAGUAACACCACCAGUAUCAGAUGCAACAACUGCAUGUUCAACACCACCACCUUCCCCAACGUCAAAUCUGACUCCACCACCAACAACGAAAGUCAUACCUACCACCGGUAUAACAAGCGCACCACCACCAACGUCUCCACCAUGUGGACCCUCAGGACCUUGCAGUCCAACAUCUGCUCCUGUAUCAGACACAACUCCUUCAACCAAAUCCACACCGAAACAAUCACCUAAUUCUAAUAUUAUUAUCUCCAAUAAUGUAGUAAGUGAAUCAAGCACUUCCAUUGUUUCUAGUGAGUCUGUAAGUUCAUCCAGUCAGCAAGUAAUAUGUGGACCAGACUCAAGCGUUUGUGGCACGAAUGUCCCUGUUGCUCAGUCAACUCUUGCCCCACCACCAACUACUAAAUCAAUCUUGAUUGGCCAACCAUUGAUUGCUAAACAAACAACACUUCCUCCCUGUGGAGCCACCAGUCCAUGUAGUCAAGUAACUCCACCAGGUUCAGAUGUGACUCUGUCACCUCCACCGACCACUAAAUCAGUGGCAAGUCCAUCAGGAACAGUUGCACCUUCUGGAUCUACUGUUCCCUGCAGUCCAUCAACAGGACCAGUACCUGACACAACUUUGACUGCACCACCAACUACGAAGGGAGUUAUCAGCAAAAUUAUAGAUUCACCACAGACAACAGUGUCACCAUUGGUUUCGUCUAAUACAGGACCGACAUGUGGAUCUGACACAACUCCUUGCAGCAGUGACACGUCACUGACUAAGACAACACUAACGCCACCGCCUACCACCAAGUCCAUUGUACCAGAAACACCAGCUCCAUGUGGAUCAACUGUUCCUUGCAGUUCUGCAUCUGGACCGACGCCAUCACCGACCACAAAACAAAUUCCAGUGACCGAAAUUGUAACGUGUAGUAUUCCAGAGACAACACCUGGGUCAGUUACAACACCUUUCACCAAGACAACUCUGACACCACCACCAACAACUAAAAAUGUUCCUAUCACAGAAACGUGUGCACCUCAGUCAACACCUCCAUCAUCUGGAUCUACUGUCCCAUGCAGCCCCACAACAAACGUUGUCCCAGUUACAACUCCUUGCGUUGUUACAACCGUGACACCACCACCAAGCAGUAAGAACCCUCCACCUCCAGAAACACCUCCUCCAUGUGGUGGUUCUUCUACAGGUCAACCAGGAGCUCCAUGUAGCAGUUCUACAGCUCCAAUACCUCCACCUACAACCAAAAUAAUUCCCAUAGAGACAACCGUUCCACCAUGUGGUUCGAGCAGUCCGUGCAGUCCUCCAGUCUCUGAACAAACCCCUGCACCAACAACGAAAGUAAUCCCAGUUCCCGAUGGUGUUACCUGCAGCCCAGGGACUUCACCUGGAUCAGGACCAAUACCUUGCUCAACGCCACCACCUUCCACCGUGACAACUCUUACUCCUCCACCAAGCACAAAGGUCGUCCCAUCUGCAGAAACAUGUGCACCCGGUGUUACACCAUGCGGCUCUGUUACACCUGCACCAGAGGUUCCGUGCAGUUCUACAACGCCCGUUACCAAAACAACCCUGACAACUGCUCCAGUGUCUAAAAUUAGCACGGUCAGUGAAUCACCAGCACCAAGUGGCUCUACAAGCCCAUGCAGUUCACUUUCCCCACCUCCUACUACAAAGAUAUCUCCACCUUCAACAGUUGUUCCUUGCAGCAAUCCAGAUGUUACUCCACUAAUCAAAGACUUGACACCUGCCUGUUCUACUCCUUCAAUAUCAACAACUGCAACCCCAAUUCCAACCACAAAGAUCAUCACUGAAACGGCACCGCCAAGUGGGGAUGAAACGACACCCCCACCAUGUGGAUCUACAGGUCCAUGCGGUUCAACACCUCCACCUGGUACAGGCAUAACGACAAUCAGCACCUCAACGCCUGUGUCCAAGUCAACACUGACACCACCUCCAGUCACUAAAGAAAUCCCUCCUGUUGUGACAACCUGUCCACCUGCAUCUACAACGUCUGGGAGUGGCGUCACACCUCCGUACAGUCCAACAACACCAUCUGGACCCAAUACAACACCUUGCGGAAGUGCAGGACCUGUCACGACACCAAUUACUUCGGUCAUAUUUACCACGACAAUCAUACCUCCAUGCGGUUCUACCAUUUCAUGCAGUACUGCAUCUACAGCCGAGCCAACCACCAAGUUAGUUUCAACUACUGGCGUUCCAAUUUGCAGCACUCCUGCAACACCUCCAGUGUCGGAUACAACAACAGCAUGUACAACGCCAAUAACGAAGAGCACCCUCACGCCACCGCCUGUCACAAAAGAGAUUCCGACCACAGUUGUACCAACUCCAUCUGGUUCGACCAUUUCGUGCAGUCCAACAUCCUCCAUUACACCAACGACAAAGUUAGAUUCAACUACAGCUGCUCCAAUCUGCAGCACACCCGUACCACCUCCUGUAUCAGACACAACAACUGGAUUCACCUCAUCACCUCCCACGAAGUCAACUCUGACUCCACCACCAGACAGUAAAGCUACCACUGGUGUUACAAGUUCCGUACCAACAACAGCUCCGUCGAGUGGGCCUUCAGGGCCUUGCAGCCCAACACCAACGCCUGUGCCAGGCACAACUCCAUGCAAUACGGAAACUCCUUUCACAACGACCAAAGUCACCCCACCUCCAUCCACAAAAGUCACCCCUAUCAGUGAAAUAACAUCUGCAACUGGAUCACCAGUUCCUUCACCUGGAUCUACGGUACCCUGUAGUCCAACAACAUCUGGACCUGGUACAACACCACCACCAACAACCAAAGCUGUAACAAGCAUCCAAGAGACAACGCCUCCUCCAUGUGGAUCUACAGGACCUUGCAGUUCCAUAUCAACACCUGCACAAGAAACAACCCCAUGCGGUGGUGACACAUCAUUCACCAAGACCACACUAACGCCACCACCUACCACUAAGUCCAUAAUAUCAGAAACACCAGCACCAUCUGGAUCAACCAUUCCUUGCAGUCCUGUAUCUGGACCUACGCCAUCACCCACCACAAAACAAAUUCCAGUGACUGAAAUUGUCACGUGUAGCAUUCCAGAGACAACACCUGGAGCAGUCACAACGCCAUUCACCAAAACAACGCUGACGCCACCACCAACAACGAAAAACGUUCCUAUCACAGAAACGUGUGCACCUCAAACAACACCACCAUCAUAUGGAUCUACUGUCCCAUGCAGCCCCACAACAAACGUUGUCCCAGAUACAACUCCUUGCGUUGUUACAACACCUGCUACCAAGACAACUUUGACACCACCACCUAGCACUAAGAAUGUGCCUGAAACAAGUGUAACCUCCAUUCCGUGCAGUCCUAACCAAACUCAACCAGGUGUUUCAUGUAGUACUUCACAAGCCCCAACACCUUCCCCAACAACCAAAAUCACUCCCAUUGAUACAACGGUUCCACCUUGUGGUGCCAGCAGCCCAUGCAGUCCCACAGCUUCUGAGCAGACCCCCGCUCCAACCACAAAGGUGACUGAGAGCACCAGUGCGGUUUCCUGCAAUGUCCCCGGAACUUCACCAGGAGCAGAAACAACACCUUUCACAAAGACGACUUCGCCAAGUACAAAAGUAUCCGCUGUCACCGAGCUGUCUCCUGCACCGAUAACAACCCCCUCAUGUGGCUCGACCACACCCGGACCAGACGGUUCAUGCAGUUCCACAACAGCGGUCACGAAGACAACGCUGACGACAGAGCCAGCCACUAAAAUUAGUCUCGUGAGUGAAACCGUUCCACCAGGUGGCUCUACGAUUCCGUGCAGUUCGCAGACUCCACCACCAACUACAAAAAUACCUUCUAGUCCAAGCGUAGUCACGUGCAGCAAUCCAGAGGUUACGCCACUCAUAAAGGACUUGACGCCCGCCUGUUCUACACAAUCAAUCUCAACGGCACCAACGCCAGUACCAACCACAAAGGCCAUCACUGAAACAGCCCUACCGCCCGUUUGGGAAACAACAAUUCCAUCAUGUGGAUCUACAGGUCCAUGUGGUUCAACACCUCCACCAUCCAGCCCCACAACACCAUUCACAAAGACAACGCUGACUCCACCUCCGGUCACUAAAGAAAUCCCUCCUGUUGUGACAACUUGUUCGCCUGUAUCAACAACACCUGGAAGUGGCCCUACAACUCCAUGCAGCCCAACAACACAAUCCGGACCUGACACGACACCUGGUUCUGGCACAACACCUGCCACGACACCAACCACUAAAGUAAUCCCAACCACCGUUGAACCACCUCCAUGCAGUUCUUCUCCUUCAUGCAGUUCCACAUCUGCAGUUACACCAACAACCAAGCUGGUCUCAACUACUGGUAUUCCAAUUUGCAGCAGUCCGGUGACACCUCCAGUAUCAGAUACAACAGCUCCAUGCAUAACACCACCACCUCCAACGGUACCAACUCUGACUCCACCACCACCAACGAAAGCCAUAACUACCACGGGUAUAACAAGCUCACCACCCACAACGGCUCCACCAUGUGGAUCAGUACCUUCUAGUCCAACAUCUGCACCCGUGACUGGCACAACUCAGUGCAAUCCAGAAACUCCUUUCACAACGACCAAACUGACACCUCCACCUUCGACCAAAGUUGACACUACUACAGCACCGCCACCAACCACGACUGCUCCGUCUGGCUCAACAGUGACAUGCAGUCCUUCAACGACGCCCGGAUCAAGCACCGGACCUUGUAGCACCCUUACACCUCCCCCGACGACAAAGGCAGUCACUUUAACAGAAAUAACAAGUAUACCACCAUCAACACCUCCACCUUGUGGUUCAACAGUUCCAUGCAGUUUAACGACAACUGGGGGCCCUGACUCAACUACACCUUUUACAAAGACCACGCUGACACCACCACCGACUACCAAAUCCGUCCCAGUCACAGAAAUACCAACUCCAUGUAGUUCGACUGUUCCCUGCAGUCCCUCCUCUGAGAUCACCCCUGUUCCCACAACAAAACAGGUCCAGACAACUGUUAUUGUCACGUGUAGCAUUCCAGAAACAACACCCGGGCCAGUCACAACUCCAUUCACCAAAACAACACUGACACCACCACCAACGACGAAAAACGUUCCUGUCACAGAAACGUGCGCACCUCAGACAACUCCACCAUUAUCCGGAUCUACUGUUCCAUGCAGUCCAACAACAAACGUUGUCCCAGACACAACUCCUGGCGUUGUUACAACCGUGACACCACCACCAACCACGAAAGUAAUUCCUCCUAAAACAGACAUAUCUGAGGUAACACCUCCACCAUGUGGCUCUACAUCAUCACAACCAGGAACUCCAUGUAGUACAGCAGCUUCUACACCUCCACCUACAACCAAAAUAACUCCAGUAGAGACAACUGUUCCAUCAUCUGGUUCAAGCAGCCCAUGCAGUCCUACGGCUUCUGAACAGACUCCUGCUCCAACCACAAAAAUAAUUAGCACCAGUCUGCCAACUUGCAGUGUUUCGGAAUCGACUCCAGGAAUAGACACACCUUGCUCAGCGUCAACUAUAGCACCAACGACAAAAGAAAUCCCUAUCACGGAAAUCACAGGUUUACCACAGACCACAUCUCCCCCGGGUGGAUCUUCUGGACUGUAUAGCACAGCACCACCGCCUGCAUCCGAUUCCCCCCAAUGCAAUACUGAAACGCCUUUCACAAAAACUACACUGACACCUCCCCCGGUCACCAAAGCGUCAGAAACGACAGCUCCUUCCUGCGGAUCUACUGUUCCAAGCAGUCAACCAACAUCACAGUCUAAUGCAAUUCCCUGUGGAACCCUCACACCACCACCAACCACAAAAGCAAUUGUUGUUACAGAAGCAACGGGGAUACCACAAACAACUGCUCCAUCAUGUCAAACCACUGCAGGCUCGUCAUCCACACCUGCACAAGAAACAACUCCAUGUGGUGACAACACACCCUUCACGAAGACCACAUUAACACCUCCAUCUUCCACCAAGUCUGUUGCUGUCAUCUCAGAAGUACCAGCUCCAUGCGUAUCAAACGUUCCUUGCAGUUCUGCAUCUGGACCUACGCCAUCACCCACCACAAAACAAAUUCCAGUGACUGAAAUUGUGACGUGUAGCAUUCCAGAGACAACACCUGGAUCAGUCACAACACCAUUCACCAAGACAACGCUGACGCCACCACCAACAACGAAAAACGUUCCUAUCACAGAAACGUGUGCACCUCAAACAACACCUCCAUCAUCUGGAUCUACUGUCCCAUGCAGCCCCACAACAAACGUUGUCCCAGUUACAACUCCUUGCGUUGUUACAACCGUGACACCACCACCAAGCAGUAAGAACCCUCCACCUCCAGAAACACCUCCUCCAUCUGGUGGUUCUUCAACAAGUCAACCAGGAGCUCCCUGCAGCAGUUCUACAGCUCCAACACCUCCACCUACAACCAAAAUCAUUCCCAUAGAGACAACAGUUCCACCAUGUGGUUCGAGCAGUCCGUGCAGUCCUCCAGUCUCUGAACAGACCCCUGCACCAACAACGAAAGUAAUCCCAGUUCCCGAUGGUGUUACCUGCAGCCCUGGAACUUCACCUGCAUCAGGAUCAACACCUUGCUCAACGCCACCACCUUCCACCAAGACAACUCUUACUCCUCCACCAAGCACAAAGCAAGUGCCCAUUACAGAGGUAAGGAGUGUAGCAAUAACAACAGCUCCUGCAAGUGGGUCUACAGGCCCAUGCAGCCAAUCGACAACGUCUGGAUCUGAUGUCUCUUCGUGCAGCACUACAGUCCCAUCAUCCAAGACAACUCUGACACCACAACCGACCACCAAAAAUAUCAUUCCAGAAUCAACAGGUUCAAUUCAAUCAACAACGUAUGCAUGUGUUUUCACGACGCCGGGACCAGAGAGUAGUUCCAGUUCAUCAACCCCGAUCACCAAAACAACUCUGUCAACAAUACCGACCACUAAAGUUGCCCCUGGCCCAGAGGCAACCACCGCUCCUUGUGGGUCUGUGAGUUCAUUAAGUCCUAUUGCUACAUCGGGGAUAGACAUCACGACUUGCAAUCCUGAAACGCCGUUUACCCAGACGACGCUCACGACAGCACCGAGCGCUAAAAUUGCAUCCAGCACAGCGCCGAUAAGUGUGGGUGAAAUAACCUCUGCGUGUGGCCCCACAACACCGGGACAAGACAUCCUGACAUCACCGUCAAUCAUUGAUGUUGUGUCUACACCUGCGUCAGGUGGCUCUUCGGGCCCUUGCAGUCCAACAACACCUGUGUCCAUCACAACCGUGAGCAGCACCACGGUGCCCAUCACGAAAACGGAACCACCGACAACGAAAGUUGACAUCACAACGGGCGUCAUUGUAACAAUCCCUCCAUAUGGCUCUACAACUCCUGGCUCUGGUGUCCCUUGUGAAUCGACAACAGCCGUUAGCAAGACUACAGUGGUGCCAUCCGCAAUCAAAGAUGUCGUCCCUCCAGCUGAAACAAGUGUAAGUCCAUGCAGUUCCACAGUGGUUGGGCCGAACUCGACACCUUGUGGCGUUUCAACAUCUACCCCAUCGCCAACUACCAAAGGCACUGUCAUUUCAGGAGAAACGCCAUCGUGUAGCUCUGCAAUCCCAUGCGGUUCUACAUCACCACCCUUGCCACCACCAACUGUAAACAUUGUUCCAGUUGAUGGCGUUGUAACUUGCAGUGUUACAGAGUCAUCACCGGGCUCAGGAUCAAAUAUAAUACCACAAGGCACAAACAUCAUCUCUACCACAGUGCCAUGUGGAAGCGAGAUUCUCCCUCAAAGUGGCUCAACGGGUCCAUAUGGUCCAACAACAGCUGGGGCAUAUUCAUCUCUGUGCAGUACCACAACACCUAUCACCAAGACCACUCUGACACCACCUCCAGUCACUAAGGAAAUCCCUCCCGUUGUAACAACCCCAUGUGGUUCCAACAUUCCAUGCAGUACUACAUCACCGGUUACUCCUCCACCAACGACAAAAGUGAACCCGAUUACUGGGAUUGUAACUUGCAGUCCUCCAGAGACCUCACCAGACACAGGUGUAACGGCAUCUGUCACUACACCUCUCACACCACCGCCAAGCACAAAGGUCAGCCCAUCUGGCGAAACAGCACCUCCAUGUGGGUCGACAAGUCCCAGUGGUUCAACCCUGCCGCCUGGCUCAGUCACGCCAACUUGCAGCAUCGCCGAAUCAACGGCGCCCACCAAAGUUGCCUUCGCCCCAGGAGCAGUCCCGCCGGGCGAUUCAUCCAGUGCGUGCAGCGCAACGACAUCUUCACCGACACCGCUGCCGACCACGAAGGAAGUUUCAAUCACGACCGUAGCUUGCAGCCCUCUGGAGACAACGUCGCCGCUGACCAAGACAACGCUCCCGCCGGCGAACAAAGACACGGCGGACGCAGCCUGCACAACCCCGUCGAGCGCUGCUGUUGUGAGCGAGACUACACCUCCUUCGCGCGGGUCCUCCGUGCCGUGCGGUCCGACCACAUCCGGACAAGCCAGCUCUGCCUGCAGCACCACAACGCCUUUCACGAAGACGACUUUAACACCACCGCCGGUCACCAAAAUUUCAACAGACAACGCGGCUCCGUGCUCAGCAGGAACAGGCCUCGUGGCUCCGACUGGUCCGACGUGUGGCUCUGUCAGCGAGAGCGGUCCCUCGUCUUCGCCGGCGCAAACAACGCCCGUUGUGGGCUCAUCGUCGAGCGGUUCUGCUCCCUGUAGCCCCGUCGAUGUCUCCUCCAUCAAGGCGGUGGUGAAUCAAUUGCCGGAUGCUCCAUGCACGACCACGUGCAGCCCCGCCGAACAGAAGUCUCCCAAGCUCGUGGCGUCCAUCGUCUCCAAACUUAAGCCCGAGGCAGUGGGUGAGUUCACUCACAAAUUUACCAUCCUCCUUACCGAAGCUAUACGACUUUUGUUCGUUGGAAAUGCAUACUCUUUGGUUAACUACUUCGGUAGCUCACACAUUGUCGAUUCAACAGUUAGGUGUAACACUCGUGCUCAUGGUGCAUGUGUCAUGAGCACUUGUGUAAGGAUCAGUUAUUAUGCAUUGUAAUUUGUUGACGUCAACCCUAGAUCCAGUAAUAAUCAGGACAACAUGCAAAUCAUAAUAUUUACAGCUUCAACAAGGGACCUCCU